CAAAAAUUAAAAAACUUGUGGGUUGUUGUCGCGUACUUAUUGGGCGGAGGUAUGGUCACGGUUGAGAAAAGUAACGCUUCCUCUCCUGCUUCCUCAAUUAAGGUUUUUUCUACCUGCUGCCCCCCAUCUGCUCUGGUCUUUGAGAGAAACACAGAGAGAGAGAGAGAGAAUGUCAACCGUGACCAUACCUCCGGUUCUAACCACGCCUCGCGACGACGCUAUCCAACUCUACCGUGCUUUCAAAGGAUUUGGUUGUGACACUGCAGCAGUUAUCAAUAUUCUUGCUCAUCGGGAUGCAACACAGCGUGCUCUCAUUCAACAAGAAUAUAGAACCAUGUAUUCUGCGGAGCUUAACAAACGUUUAUCUUCAGAGCUUAGUGGCAAUGUCAAGAGAGCAGUUUUACUCUGGAUGCAUGAUCCUGUGGCACGGGAUGCUACCAUAGUGAGGCAGGCCUUGAGUGGUGACAUUAUUGAUCUCAAAGCUGCUACUGAAGUAAUAUGUUCUCGAACACCAUCUCAGAUUCUACAAUUUAAACAAGCUUAUUUUGCAAUGUUUGGUGUGUACCUUGAGCAUGACAUUGAAUAUCAAGCCUCUGGAGAUCAUAAAAAGUUACUGCUUGCGUAUGCAACUACACCACGCUAUGAAGGCCUGGAAGUUGAUAGAGUGAUGGUAGAGAAGGAUGCAAAAGCUCUCUUUAAAGCCGGGGAGAAGAGACUGGGAACUGAUGAGAAGACUUUCAUACACAUUUUCAGUGAAAGAAGCAGGGCACAUUUGGCUGCAGUUGAUUCUGCUUACUAUGAUAUUUAUGGAAACGCAUUGAAAAAGGCAGUGAAAAAAGAAACAUCUGGACACUUUGAGUAUGCCCUUUUGACUAUCUUACAAUGUGCUCACAAUCCGGGAAAGUAUUUUGCAAAGGUUUUGCACAAGGCAAUGAAGGGUUUGGGAACAGACGACACAACACUUAUAAGGAUAGUUGUUACGAGGGCUGAGAUUGAUAUGCAGUAUAUAAAGGCAGAGUACCAGAGGAAACAUGGAAAAUUUUUGAAUGAUGCUGUGAACUCAGAGACAUCAGGCCAUUACAGGGCCUUUCUUCUCUCUCUUUUAGGCCCUACUCGUUAGGCUACAUACACUAACUCCUGGAAUCAUGUGAAGUUGUACUUCAAAUUCCUUUGGGCUGUUUGAGAACCUGGAAGUCUACAGUCGAUUUCACCAUUUGUUUAGCUGCCAAGGUCUGUUUAUGGUUGUGUAAAUAUUGUCGGUAAAUACAGUGGGUAAAAUGUAUAUUUUCAGGACAGAAACCAUGUGUGAAGAUCAUUUGUGGUGUUGGUGUUUGAAUGCACAGUUCCAAACUAAAACAUUCCAAUGUUUUCAAAAUAAGGUUCUCUUUUUGAGUUUUCAUUCA